AUGUCGGUUGUUUCCUCGUCGACGAACGCCCAGGGUCCCAACGCCCGUCAGUCGGCGCGCCAGACACGGACAAACCCCUCGAGGACGUCCAAGACUCUCGGACGCUCGUCAUUUGCGUACGGCCAUGGCUCAAUGAUUGAGACGCCUCCCGCUCCCACACCGCACGGCUUUUACCCUGCCCUGACCCAUUUCACGGACGCCAUUACCGCGCUUCCGCGGGAGUUUCGUCGCCACAACUCGUUGCUCAAAGAGGUUGAUGCCAAGGCAUGGGCGCUGGAGGAUAAUCUGCUUCAGUUGCUGAAGAUGUCGUCGGAGUCGCAGCCUGUAGCUUGUCCGCCGAACCCUGCGCCGAUUGUGGAUGGGGCGGUGCGGGAGGACCUUGUGUUGGCGGUCCCGCCUCAGACUCCCGAAUCGCAGGAUAGCAAGAACCGUCGCCUGCUCUUCGAUCGUGUGCGGCGCACCCUCGUCGACUUGAUGAUGACCGCCGACGAGAAGAACCAUGUUAUCUCCAAUGCAAACGACGAAUUGGACCGACAACUUCUGCGGACCGAUGGUAUCUUCCCCUUCAUUGCGGGCGAGAUCAGCGAAGAGUCGCGCCUGGGCAGUCUCACGCACUGGGCCUACUCGAACAGGAACGCUGCCAAAACCGUGACGAACGAGCGUCCGCGCCGCGAGACCGCAUCGAAUAAGCAAGACUUUGCUCAUGGAGGCCAUGAAGGCGAGGGCUCACAUCGCGGAGACGCGAGGCGGGAGGGUGCCCGCAAACAGCGUCGGACACACGCGGACUCGGACUUUGACGAUGCUCGUGCGUCUGGUUCGCGAAAAGGCCAGGCCGGCAAGUCUCGUGGCGGCGCGGGAACGGCUCCCAGUGAGCAGCCUGCCGUUGGUGCGCAGGGUUCUGGGGCAGGAACUUCUGGGGCGACGAAACGCCGCAAGGUGGAGCGCCCGCCACCUGUCGAUACUGGGGUGGCGGUCAUGGAACGAUCUGCCAGCGGGACAGGCAAUGCUUCGGCGCGUGGUGCCUCAAAAGACGCGACUGGCGAUGCGACCAAGAAAAGAUCCCGAGCCCCCAACCCGAACGCGGCGUCUCGCAAGAGAAACAACACGGGUGCCUCUGCGGCGAAUUCUCCGAUUCUUGCUCCGGCUCCUUUGGCUGGGACGACUAGUCUCGUGCGAAACGCUGCCAGUCCUGGUCCUGGGGCAGUUCGGCCACAGUCGUCUCAUGCUCAGCAGAGCUCUGGGCCGUCAGCUAACAGCCGCCAGCGACCGUCUUCCUCGGCGUCUAACCGCCUAGCGAAUACCAACAAAUCGACGGACCUCAAAGCCACUCCUAAGGAGACACCGAAGGCAGAGGCGGUUCCCGCUCCUGGAAUCCCGGAUACACAGCGUCGUGACACAGGGGCAGAGAAUGCCGCUACCGCUGCCGCCAAGAUUCCCGCUCCCGUCAGCAUGAAGCGUGAGGAUACAGAGAUACGGCCUACGGAGUCAGUCGAAAGUCGAGAAACGCCACUACCUUUGGCCGCGAAUCCUGCGCCUAAGGGGCGAAACUCCAAAACGUCAACCCCAGUGCUUUCGACGUUCUCGGAAGCCAACACGCAGCGCACUCGACCGACGCGCAACACCGAACCUGCGCCGGCGAAACGGUCACACAAGAAGAACGGCAGUGUGGCGGUGGUGCAGGCGCGGGCGGUGUCGGAGGAGGAAGAGUCGCUGCACGAGGGGGAUGACGAGGACGAAGACGGCGAGCCACGUUACUGUUACUGCAACGAGAUUAGUUUCGGCGAGAUGGUGGCCUGCGACAAUGAUGCAUGCCCUCGCGAGUGGUUCCAUCUGUCGUGUGUGGGCUUGACCAAGCCACCUGGAAAAAACGUCAAAUGGUACUGCAACGAGUGCAAGGAGAACAUGCGGCGCAGUCGGAAUGGGCGGUAG